AUGACGACAACGAGCAACGAUGAGGCUAUCCAAAAUGAUGUCGAUGAUACAGCUGCCCAUGCUGGGACCACGGAAGCAGGAAUUGUCCGAGGAGUUUCGCGGUCCGUGGCUCAACGCGCAGUGGCAGCUCGUACAGCAGGCCGCGGCUUGGCACAGCUUCCAUCCGUCGGGAGUUUGCCAAGAUCUGCUGCCAGAAGGACCCGAGUGCCCGUUCGACAGGUUGCCAAAUUGACAGAUCGAAUGUCCACUGGUCUCGAUGUAUGGGAAUCCGCCAGUGGUAGUGGUGGUAGUUCCAGUGCUACAGACCAACAAUCGAUUCAACGUCGCUUUGCCCGUGCUCAGGCAUUUGCAGGUUCAUUGGUCAAGAAUACUGUCCUUGGGGCGCUUGUAUUUGAGACCUAUUGUGGAGUUGUGGCUCAUUCCGAUACUAUUCUAUCCAGCAUUAUUCACUUCUCGCCUCAUCGAACCAACGGUAGUGACGAGGGUAAUAUAGAUCACACCUCCAAUGACGACAAAGAUAUUUUUGAGGCAGCUCCCAUUCCAAUACAUUUUUUAGCUGGAGCAGCGGCCGGUUCUAUGCAGGGUAUUGGAGGAAUCAUCUGGGAUACCACAUCCGAGAGUAUCAGCAACCGAAAGAUGUCGAUGCCAAAGCUACCAUUGCUCACCAGCGGCGUUGGCCAACAUGCAGCUGCCCAUUCCGUUCUCUUUGGUUCGUAUGAGAGCUUCAAACGCUCCUUCUUGUGGGCUUGGCAGUACUGGGACCCCGAGGUAAAUCAACAAGUCCUCCUAGGCGGUGGGAAGGAAUCUUUUAUGGCUUUACUGCCACAUCAGCGGCUUGAAUAUCUGUCAGUUAUCACAAUGGCAGGAGGUCUGGCAGGACAAUUCCAGCACGUUAUCAGUUACGCCUUGGAACAGCCUCGGGAAAGACGUCUUGUAGUAAGCCAAGCUCUGCCUUCACUGAGGAGCAUGCUUUGGGCGUUUCCUCCCAGCGCCAUUGCCUUCUUGGCCUUUGAAUAUGGCAAAGACAGCGUUGCGGGGAUUUCUGGAGAAGAUGAAGAAGUCCUUUAG